AUGUCUCAGCAGCUGCCCGAUAUCUCCUCCCAGGGUCUUUGGAGCGUCUCCACUCUCAAGCAGGGCCACGGCACUGGCUCGCAGCCGCACUGGGUUAGCAUUAGGUUCGACCUGCGCAUGCCCAUACACGCCAUCCACCUGUUUCUCAAUAUCGACCAGGACGAAAACUACACGCCGUGCCAGGUCAACAUCAAGGCAGGGUCCAGCCAGUUCGACGUGCAGCAGGUGCACUUGAUAGAGCUGGCGCAGGAGCCGCGCGGGUGGGUCGAGCUCAAGCUGUCGGAUGCGGACGGCCCGCUCGCAGCCCAGUUCCUGCUGGUCGAGUUCCCAGCAAACUACGAGAAUGGCCGCGAUGUGCGCGUGCGCCAGAUCCGGAUCCUGGGCCCGCCUGUUGCCGAGACAAAGCUCAAGGCCGAAAGCAUCCUGCCGUUUACAACCACAGAGUUCUCCAUGUACGACUCGAUACGCUAG